CUACAUCUCCGCGACGUCAGUUCCCCGCACGAUGUCCAUCUUGCAGAGGAGGAUCCCGUCGCUCGGCGCAGACCUCCAGCUCACAACGUGGCAGCGCCUCUUCCGGCACACACACACCGUCGUCGCAGCACAUCCAUGCCGCGUCCGCGCACAUUACAAUCCCUUUCUCCACGCCAGCGCCGUCCUUGUAGUCAACAAAGAACAGCAGACAGAGGCAGCUGCAGUAUUCAUCAUUACAGCCCCGGAAGACGGGAAACAGCCAGACAUACUGUACAUCAUCCCGAUCAUUCCCAGCUUCAAGCACAAUCUCGAACAGACCCCACCUUCGCCGUCGACCUCUUUCUUCCACCAGAGUGCGAAACCGCACAUCACGCUAUUCUUGAGCUGCGAAGAUACCACGGUCGAAUUGCGAAUUGCUGCGAACCAGUCGGCCAAAAUUCAAAAGUUUGUCGCCGAGCUUCGAAAGUAUAGCGACCUCGCGAACAAUACACUGUAUCCAUCCAGUCUGACCCAUGCGUGGAUCGGUCUGUAUCCCGUCAACCCGCCUGCUGAUGAGGAUGCCGAUGCUCCCGCUGUGGAUUCGGGCAAGGUGAUCGUAGUUGAUCACGGGGAGAAAACAGAGAACACGCCAACCGUCACUCCCGCUGCUUCCAAUGCUACUCUUCCGCCAACAACAUCUCUUUCCGAGAUUCCCUCUCCCACCACCCCCACUUCCACUUCCAAAUCUCCCCUUGACAAACCCGAAGUGAACACGACCACCAUCAAACAGGCCGAAGACCUCCAACCCAACCCCUACCUCCCCACAUUCUCCCGCACAUCCUUCCUCCGCUCCCGCCUCUUCUCCUCUCUCCCCAACUGGUCAUCCUCUGUCCCCAUCAAAAUCAGGACAGUGAGCUACAACGUUAAUGACAAAGUCCCGCCCAAGGGGACACUGGAAUUGAAGGGCUUGGUUGGAGGUGAUGAUGAAGAGAGGAGUGAUCUGAUUGUCGUCGGGUUACAAGAAGCUGAUUUGAGAAGUCAAGCAUUAUUGAUAUCCCAAGGAAACAGCCGAGCAGAUAGUUGGGAAACAGCUCUUUUCGCGGGACUCGGUGAUAAAGCUGGCGAAUACGAAAAGUUGGUAAUGACCCAAUACGUCGGAGUGGUGAUGAUCAUCCUCGUCCGCAAGAGUUUGAGACCCCACAUAUCGAGGGUGGAGAGUAGUGAGCGGGGGAUAGGGCUCUUGGGAUUUGGUGGGAAUAAAGCCGGUAUAGCUGUGAGAUUGAAAGUACAUGAUACGACAUUGUGUUUCGUCAACUGUCACAUGGCAGCAUUCACAUCCGCCCUCGAUCGUCGUCGACAAGACUACCAAAUCCUCCGCUUGGGCCUCAACUUUCCUCGACCCUUAUCGAGCGCUUCCCUCACGUCUGCACCGCUUUCGAGCUCUUCUACCAUUUCUAUCUCUGUCCCUCCAACCUCUUCUGCAUCUUCUGUAUCUUCUGGUACCCUUACUUCAGGUGCCGGAACUGGAGCUGGCACUGGAACCACCGGGGCUGCGGAAUCCGGGGUUACCGGUCAAAGUAAAGAAGAGGCCAAGUUGGAAGAGCAAGCAGAAACGAUCAACCCCGUAUUCGAAGAGUUUUGGCCAGAAGUAAAGGAUAAACUGUUAACCCUCGAAGACUGCCAUCUACUCUUUUGGAUGGGCGAUCUCAACUUCCGAGUGGACCUCCCCGAUGGAGAAGUACGGAAAUUGGUUGAGAAUAAAGAUUGGGCUGGGAUGCUUGUUCGGGAUCAGUUGAAGAAUGAUAUCAAAGAAGGUAAAUCAUUUGUUGGGUUCGAAGAAGCUGAGAUCACUUUCCCGCCCACAUUCAAAUACGUCCACGGAUCUAGCACCCUCGACACCAAGCGUUCUCCCGCUUACACCGACCGUAUCCUCUACUCUUUCCCUUCCCCCACUUCCACCUCAUCCACCCCUCUUUCCCCAUGUGUACCCCUCUCCGUCAAAAAAGGGGAAUAUACAUCACACGAAGAACUGAAAUGGUCAGACCACAGACCUGUGAGCUGUGUUUUUGAAGUAGGAGUGAGGAAAGUGGACGCCGAGAAGAGGAGAGAGGAAUCGAGGCGGGCGCAAAAGGAGUUGGAUAGGCUUGAGGAAGUUUGGAGACCGAGUUUGGAGAUCAAGGUUCUCCCGGAAUCACGGGACGCAAAGACGGACGAGGAGGGCAAUGCCAAAAAUGAGAAAGAGGAGGUGAGGCAGGAAGACGAGGGAGGGAUACAUUUUGGACAAGUGAGGUGCAGGGAAAAGAAGGAAAGGAUGGUGAAGCUGAGGAAUGGGGGGAAAGUACCAGCCAGCUGGAGUUUCAGGAAAGCAGGUACUGGGAGAGAUAUAUGCAAACCGUUCCUCUGGCCAUUCCCUUCUUCGGGCAGGGUGGAACCUGGUGAGGAGAUGGUAUUGACCAUCGUUUUGGAUGUGAAUGAGGAGUGGGCCGCCAAGUUGAGCUUGGGAGAGGAAGACGGGAAUGACGUCCUCGUUUUGCAAGUAGAGGGGGGCAAGGACACCUUUAUUACUGUCCAGUCUAUUUUCCUUCCUUCAAUCAUUUCUCUCCCCCUCACAUUCCUCUCGGCGCUUCCUUCUCCCAUUCGAGACUUAUCUCUGUCCGAACGCAAAUCGCUUUUCCGUUCGCUGCUCGAAACAGCUGAAAAACAAACCGCAACCAAUGACAAGGGCGCGGCGGCUGUUGGUUCUACCCCAUUCAAACCCGUCAAAGAAAUUUGGACGCUGUUGGAAUACCUCAUGGCAAACCCACCUUCUCUUUCCACCUGGUGCCGGCCUUCUCUCUACACGUCCUCAUUCUCUUCCUCUGCUCACUCUGCUGGUAUCCAGACAAUCAUGGAACAUCUCAACACCUUACCCUCUACCAUCCCCCUCCCCCCCGAUGUACCGCACCUCAUCCCACCAACGCUGAUCUACUUGCUUUCAUCUAUCCCUGGAGGUCUCCUGCCAGAGAGUGUGCAAGCGCAGAUCGAACGAAAUGGUGUAGAAGACAGGGAUGCAGCGUUUGGGGUGUUGGAAGGAGUGAAGAUGGUAAGCACGAAUACGUUGAUUGGGUUGGUGAGCGUUGUGAGGCUUUGUUUGGGACAAGUAAUGGGAGCGCAACAAGAAAGUGCGAAAAUAGAGGAGGAAGAGGAGAGCAAGGAGCAUGUUGAACGGGAACGAAAAGUCGACGAGUCCAAGCCGGACUCUAGCGUUGCCGAGGGUAGCGUCGACUCUGCAUCCAACCUCGCCACGCCAUCCACGCCCGAGUCCAACACGCAAGCCAAUAGAAAAUCCAUCGACCGUUCUUCUUUACUCUCCAAUGCAAACAGCAGCGGCAAUGACCAUGUAAAGCUCGAGUAUGCGCAAGAAUCAAAGGACGAUACCGGCAAUCCGGAGCCAGAGGGCGGCGCUUUGUUUGAAUUGGGCGAUGAUGAGGAUGAAGACGAUGAAGGGGAAGUAAAGGGAGAUGCAGAGAAUGAAGAGGUAGAGGUGGAGGGAGGAGGUGUACCGGAAAUGGAAGAAGAAAGCAAGGAUCUCUCGGAUGAGAUCAAGAAAGACAAGGCGGAGAAGAAUGAAAAGGACCUGAAAGCCAAGGACGAACCAACUCUUUCACCCGCCGCGUCUGUCCCCAUUACCGAACCAAAGGCUGACCCCAAACCCUCUCUCCAACCUGCCGCCGAGCUCACUCCUUCCAAAGCCAAGCCCAAGAUGAAACGAGCCAAAUCCCUUGCUGAAGAGUCUCUUGGCGAGGAAUCGCCGAUUGUGGAUGAUGUCAAUGGCGAUCCUGAUGGUGAUGGUAUUGAAAAAAGGAGCGGAAAUGUGGAGAUUGGAGAUGUGCCGGAGGACCAGGUAAAGAAAUUAGAUGCAGAAGCUUUAGAGACUCCGAAAGCGCAGGGUCGUUUGCUUGCGGGUACGGCGAGUGCAGCUGCAGGUGCUGGUGCUGCAACCAAGGAAGAAGAGGUCAGCACGAUCGACAAACUCGUGGACGUGCUCUGCCCUGCCGUAUUCGGUCGCGUACAAGUUUCGGCAGUUGGUAGGGAAAGGAGAAAGAAGUUUAUCAAGCUUUUGCUCGAGGGAUAAGAAAACUAGAUGGACGCUGCCUUUCACUUUGUGAUUUUCUCCUAUUGGAACUUUAAAACACAAAAACAAAAAAUUGCUACUGUGUGAAUAGACUGUUCAAGAU